AUGUAGUAGGCCUAUCUAAGCAAGAGCUUGUACAGGUCGCUUACAUUAGCCUGUGUUUGCUUGUGCUAAGUAUAUUAACCCAGAAAGAAACUUGGUUUUUGAAGGUCAAUCUAAAAACAGUUCUGGAAGCAUCAUUGGUCCUCAGGGAGACAGGAGGGUAAAGGAGGCCACUGCGUCAUCUCAGCACCUUUUAAGGUUCAAGAUGAAGUCCACUGAGGAAGGAAAGUGUGGUCUUCCGAGUUCUGUGUGCCGGUGCAGAAGUGGCCUGCGAAGGCCUCCAUGACGUCUGCAGACACUAUGCAUCACCUGUGCUUGGAUGUGGACAUUGCUAAGAGGAAAGGCUAAUGGCUGAUGGGCUGUAAGGCAGAGAUGUUACUAGGUAGCCGAUCAAUCUUGUAGUUUGCCUUGAUCCCUAAAUAGAAGCUGGAUUUAUCUGAAACCAGAGAAGUGAAAUUUCAAGACAUCAAAACCAGAUAUGCAUCUUACUUUACCAGUCUGGACCUCUUCAGUGCCCGGAUGUAUAAUAGGUGAUGACUGCACUUUGCUUUCAUGCAUGAAGGUAGAUGAUACUUCAAAUUAAAGAUUGAAGCUGACUUCUCACAAGAAAUGGAUUUAUAGAAUGAUCUUGGAAACAUAUAAGAAGUGACUGAAAAAAGUGUAAAAUAUUUUCUUCCACCGUUCCUGAAUCUUUUGCUGGAUUGUAAGCUCCAUGAAGGCACAUACCUUCCCUUUUUCUGAUGUCUAGCCCAGAGUAGAUACUCAACAUAUUUGAGGUCCACAUUAGCAGGCUGCUGGAUUUGCGAUGGAGCCAGGACCUGAACCCAGGCACUCUGAAAUGGGAUGUGGGUGUCCCAAGCAGUUUUAUGCUGACCCAGCCCAUCAGCUUAAUUUUUAAGCUAGUUUCUAACAGGCCUUUAUGGAUUAAGAGGAACGCUGCGGAGUUACUAUACUAUAGGUAACACAGUAAAACAGGUACAAACAUUUCAACAGUAUCAGCAAUUCCAGUAUCCAGGGAGCUACUUCAGUGACAUCCAAUCCUAUCGCUUAAUUUCAAGCGCCCUUAGGAAUGUUUGUAAUGCUAGCUCAGGGAAAGUUGGAAUUUCUAUAAAUGUAUGUUGAGGAUGCGUAAAGGGUGGGACGAUGAAUAAAAAGGACAGGACAGGGUGUACUUCAGCAUGGUGGUGACUGUUGUCCAAUUACAGGAGUCACAAUUCCCGAGCGUCUUCCCCGAUACUGAGAAAGUCUGUGCUGAGCGGGCGGGGCGGGGCACACCUCCCGGACUCCCUAGGACAGGCGCCUUGCUGCACCCAGGGGCGGCCCUGCUUCCUUGUCAGCCACGCGGUUCCGCCCUCGCCAAAAAAGAUACUUCCAUAGAGGGGUGUAAUUCUUGUGGCAUUUAAAGGGAGUUAACAGAGCUCCAAGAAACCAGCUCUCUCGCCGGGGCCACUGGCUGGCUUUCCCAAGAGCCUCAGCAGCCGAGUCCCGCCUCUGCUACCCGUCAGGCCACUGGGCGGCCCCGCGCAUGCGCUCUAUGAGGAAGUGGCGUGACGUGCCGAACCCUCACUGGAGUGGCGGAGGCAACGGCAUUUUCCCGCGCUUUUUUGCUUCUCAGGUUAAGUAUUCAGAUUAAGUAUUUUAUUUGUGUUUUUGUUAUCACCCUUUUCUCUGUCCAGAAUGGAAGACAGGCCAAAAAUUCUAGAGUUAGAUUUCUGUGAGUCUGUUUCUAAAACUUGCCACCGGGGCAGCUAAAUCGACUCUCCCGUCUUGUGUGAAGUUUGGAACUGGUUAUACCUUUGCCUGAGAAGCGCUUCAGCUUCCAAACUGUAGCUCUUCUGCUUUCCGAAGCCUGUUACCCACCGCAGUAAAGUAGACCUCUGAAUUUCGGCUGCCAGGUGCCGUUUGUCUGUGGAGACUGCGUGCCCUGCCAAGCCCUGGGACCGAGGCAGUGUUCUGGACAGACUCAGUGUGAGCAGUUUGCCUGGCUAUGUAGUUGGUGCGGGCCUGUGUUUCAGAAUAGUGCUGCCCAUUUUUUUGUCAUUACAACUCCAGCAAAAUUGGAUGCUAUAUGAAAAAGUUACAAACUUUUAGGUUUUAAUUUUACAAAUGUUUUAAAUAGCACCAUAGCUUUGAAGAAUUAUGUUACAUUUACUUUAACAAAUUGUUUGAUAAAUCUACAUUAAAGUUUUUAUGCAGAUUUCUAAGUUUCAUGGUAACUUGGAUGAAUUAGGUUGCUUUCCAAAAUAUGCUAGCAGGUUGCUCCUGUUUCAAGACAAAAUGGGUUAAGAACCUAGAAAACAGCAUAAAUGAAAAAAAUUUAAAAAUUUGAAAUGCUUUGCAUGAAAAAAUAGCUGAAAUCACUACCUGGACUUUGUUUGCCAAGUGUGAGAUGUGGCACUAAAAUACUCAAGCAAAGAAUGAAUGGCUAAUAAAAUUUGGAAUUUUGUUAUUAAAGAAUGAAAAAAGCACUUAAUUUAAUUUUUACUUGUUUGUGCUUUGUGAAUGUUCCCAGACAUUUUUCCCAUGUGCGUAUUAUCUUUGACCUUAAUAAGGUUUGGAACCACCUGCAUCUUUAACUUUUUAUUUAAAUUUUUUUUUCAUGGCCUCUGUUCAAAGAAAGUGUGCAAUUAAUGUUGAGAAAUUGAAAUCAGUAUAAUGGGUUGAUUAUAAUAAAAACAUAAUAUGUGUUUUACUGUAAAAAUGAAAAUGUGCACAUUUUAUGUUAUGCAAUUUUCAUAGGAAUUUGACCUUUUCAUCAUUUAUCCCUUAUGAUUCUUUUCAGCUUCUGAAGAAAUCACUAUCCUAUUAUGUCCUUGUGUGAAGAUAUGCUGCUUUGUAAUUACCGAAAGUGUCGCAUCAAACUCUCUGGUUACGCGUGGGUCACUGCCUGCUCUCAUAUCUUCUGUGACCAGCAUGGCAGCGGUGAAUUCAGCCGUUCACCAGCGAUCUGCCCUGCCUGUAACAGUACCCUUUCUGGAAAGCUAGAUAUUGUCCGCACAGAGCUCAGUCCAUCAGAGGAGUAUAAAGCUAUGGUGUUGGCAGGACUGCGACCAGAGAUUGUGUUGGACAUUAGUUCCCGAGCACUGGCCUUCUGGACAUAUCAGGUACAUCAGGAGCGCCUCUAUCAAGAAUAUAAUUUCAGCAAGGCUGAGGGCCAUCUGAAACAGAUGGAGAAGAUUUACACCCAGCAAAUACAGAGCAAGGAUGUAGAAUUGACCUCUAUGAAAGGGGAGGUCACCUCCAUGAAGAAAGUGCUAGAAGAAUACAAGAAAAAGUUCAGUGAUAUCUCAGAGAAACUUAUGGAGCGCAAUCGCCAGUAUCAGAAGCUCCAGGGCCUCUAUGAUAGCCUCAGGCUACGAAACAUCACCAUUGCUAACCAAGAAGGCACCCUUGAGCCAUCUUUAAUUGCACAGUCUGGUAUUUUUGGCUUCCCAUUAGGGAACAGCUCCAAAUUUCCUACGAACAAUACACCACUUCGAAAUCAGGGUGGUGGAGAUGGAGAUUUUCAGUUUAGACCAUUCUUUGUGGGUUCUCCCACAGCACCUGAACCCAGCAACACCUUUUUUAAUUUUGCCUCUCCAAGCCAUGAGUUAGAGCAGCAGCAAAUCUCUAGCAGGGCCUUCAAAGUAAAAAGAAUUUAGAUCUCUUCACUUUCAGUGAUUUUGUUUAGCAAAUUAUCUUUAUUCUAGACAAGGAGUCACUGAUCUUCCUGUGCUGUUAAGUCUUUGAAGUUGUCUUUCCAUUUUCAGUUUAUGAGAAACUCAGUAACUGUGGGAAGUGGCUUUAGAGUGACUUUGUUUCUACUAUUUGAAGUUUGAGGAUUUUAUUAAUCUCAGUUUCUAUGUGAACUGUUGAAUUUUCAUUGUUAGUGAAAAGACAUGACAUUAUUGUGUGUUUUGUAGACCACUGUUAUAGUACUGUGUGUUUAUGAAUGUAAGCACUUUUGUUAUGUCUGUGUGUCACUCUGGAUUCUGGCAUUUUUGCAUUUACAACUAUGAAUAUGUAAUAGUGUUCAUUUACAUUAAUAUUUUCCUGUGUUUACCAAUGUAUUUAUGUGAAAAUUUUGGUCUGGGAAAAUAGUGGGUUAUCUGCAGCUUGUUAUUUAUAUAUUUGCCCUCAUAUUAACUUGUUUGUAUUCAUGUCAAUGAGUGCAAUUUGAUGCAUUUAUGUUCAGCCCCUAUUUGCAUUUAAAAAUAACUCCCAUUGAUAAUGUUAAUCUAUAAAGUUGAUUUUUUGACAUUUAUUUUAAAUAAAGCUAUUUCUUUACUUUUA